AUAAAACAAUUGUUCUAUUAAAAAAUCAAUAAUGAAAAAGCAAACAAAAGAUAGUCCUUGUGUAUUAUAAAAAUUUAAAAUAAUUUCUCAAUGUUACAUACAAUAAUAGCCACCUUGACCAUUGGAAUCUGUCAACCUGGCAAACGCAUUAAUGUAUAACUUAUUAACAGAAGAAUUUGAUGUAUGUAAAUUAUGGUCUGAUUGGUGAUCAAUAGUGAGUUACAGGAGAUAACGUAUAAAUUAUCUGAUAAAUGAAGGAGAAAAAAAAUUGUACUAACAAAUAUAGCCAGUGAGCAAUAAUACGAUAAGAGGAGUGGUGUUCACUGUUUGACUACAGCAAGCUUUGGUUGAUUCAUACGAGUGCGCGUGAAUGCUCAAGGAUCGUUCAAUACUUGGACAUCUAUAACACAUACGUGUAGAAGCGAGACUGCAGUUUGGCGCAAAGAAGUAAGAGACAAAAUGAGAAUUUCGAAAUGUUAACUGAUCAGUUGAUACCGGGCAUCCGUAAGAGAUACUAGAUCAUUACAAUAAUUCAUAAUUAACAUCCAACUAUGAUAUUGAUUGUAGUCUUUUGCACUUUACUAAUCGAUUACUGGCAAUUAACGACCGCGACUGAAAAUAACACACAAUCAUGUCAAUUAUCACUUUCUAUCCCUUUACCUCACGGUGAAUUUCAACAGUUUUCGAAUGGUAGUCUCCUCCACCAAAACAUCCUGUACCAUCCCGAUUACCUGUGGAAUUAUAGCAACACGUUGUACGGAUGUAUUUGCCAACACCAACGAAAACCGUGUAUUCGUAAAUGUUGUAAAGACGAUGAAGUUUUGUAUGAAACAUUUCUACUGUCUGAGUGUAUCAAAGUCAACAGGUCUCUUCCACAUCUUCUUCCUUUAAAUCAUCAAUUAGUGGAUGAAUUAAAACAUUUAAAAAACUUAUCUCAUCAUUUUUAUUUAAUACAAAAUAAAAUUUGUCCUUCUGGAAUGUAUCGUUUAGAACCAGAACUGUAUGAAGAAGAUAAUUUUGUUUUAUUACCUAAUGGUAGUCUUCAAACAUUAGAUCGACUGUUGCCACAAUCACAGUAUUGUAUAGACUGGCAGGAAAAUCUAAAAAACAUAUCAGUGCUGGUGUGUCAUCAGCCGGAGAAAGAAGAUAUCUUACCUCAAACAGUUAUUUAUCCUAUUGGUUUAAUCAUAUCAAUACUGUUUCUGCUUGCAACACUUACCGUUUAUGCAGUUAUUCCAGAACUAAGGAAUCUCUAUGGCAUCACUCUUAUGUGUUACGUUGGAUGUCUUACCGCAGCUUACUGUUUUCUUGUUAGCGAAAGAUUCAUUUACCAUGGUCAUGUACUUUGUAUUGUAAUAGACUACGUGACUACUCACAAUGUAAUAAAUCGCAAACACAAAUCCCUCUCCACACUUAUGAUUUAUCAGUAUAUCAAAACCUAGAGUUAUAAGGAAUCAUUUGAUUCUUCAUGAUAAUAAUUACUAAAUCAAUAAAAAGGCAAUUGGAAGCUGAGAAUAGUUAUGGGAUUUAAUUAUCAAUGAUGGAAUAAUUAUUUGGAAGGUAUAUACACAUGUUAAUAUGAAUAUUAGAUGAAAACAUUGUUAUUUACUUGACCCCUAAUGACUCGUUAGAGUCAAUGUGGGAGAGACCGGUCUCUGAGGAAUUUGAAGACAUCAUACAUGACACAAACUCAUCUAUUUAUGUUCUCACCUUUUAUAUUAAUUAAUUACCUGAAUUAUUGCAAUGCCCAUGAAUCUUCUUGAUAAUUAGUGUAAGUAAGUAAGUAAAAAUUAAUCCCUGAAAUGCAUUUUUUGCGAGACACGUACAGAUUUAAAUGGUAUAAUUAAUUUUAUUCAAGGAAAAAGGAAUGAUAAAUUAUGAAUAAUACUACAAGGCUAAUCGUAAACCAAACUAGUAUAUCAUAUCAUUUCACAAACAAAACAGAGGCCUGGUUUUAUCUUUUUGAAUUAAUUCGAUAAUCAACUUAUUUUGUGUACUUAAUAACUCGUGU